AAGGAGAAACUCCUUAUCCCUAAAGUCCAUCCAUCUUCAGAGCUUGAUUCUAUCAAAUUUGUCUGUAAAUAUCUCUCUCUCUAGUGCCCGAGGUUGUGUGAAUCGGAAUCAUUCGUGUAAUCGUUGCUUGGCUGCUUUGUGUUGACCUAUUUUUGAUACUCUUUCCAUCCAGGGGGCUUUUCUUCUUGUUCUUCUUGUUCUUAUUCUUCUUGUUUUGUUGUGUGGAUUCAUUGUUUCGACUUUGAUUUGAUUCUCUCGUCUCUUUUGAAGAGUUGGGUGUUUAAUUUUCUCCAAUUUGGAGGAUACCCUUUUGAUCUUCCUUCGACUUGAAACAGCCAAUAUUCAUUUCCCCUCUUUUGAAGACCCAAAUUCCUUCUAUAAACAGGUUAAGUUGAGCCAUUAGAGGAAGUUCUAGGGCUUUCUGGUGUGAAUCUUGGAGGAGACUGUGUAGAAGAAGGAUGAUGACAAUGGAAGGAAUGGAAAAGGGGGUUUUGGAUGACAUAAUUAGAAGGCUGUUGGAAGGUAGAGGCGGCAAACAGGUUCAGCUUUCAGAGGCUGAAAUCCGCCAUCUCUGUGUCAACGCCAGGCAAAUUUUCCUCUCUCAACCAAAUCUCCUCCGCCUUAAUGCUCCUAUUCGUAUCUGUGGUGAUAUACAUGGUCAAUACAAAGAUCUUCUUAGACUAUUUGAAUAUGGUGGGUACCCUCCUUCUGCAAAUUAUCUUUUUCUUGGCGAUUAUGUCGACCGAGGGAAGCAAAGUUUGGAAACGAUAUGUUUACUUUUGGCGUAUAAAAUAAGACACCCAAAUAAAGUAUUUCUCUUGAGAGGGAACCACGAAGAUGCAAAGAUCAAUCGAGUCUAUGGUUUCUACGAUGAAUGUAAAAGGAGGUUUAACGUUCGGCUUUGGAAAAUAUUUACUGAUUGUUUCAACUGCUUGCCUGUGGCUGGACUUAUUGAUGGUAAGAUCCUCUGUAUGCAUGGAGGACUAUCUCCAGAUUUGAAAAGUUUGGAUCAGAUUACGCAACUUCCAAGGCCUACCGAGAUCCCCGACAACGGUCUUCUAUGUGAUCUGCUUUGGUCUGAUCCUGAUCCUAGCAUUCAGGGAUGGGCAGAUAGUGAUCGGGGCGUUUCUUGUACUUUUGGAUCAGAUCGAGUGGUUGAAUUCUUAGAUAAGAAUGACCUCGAUCUCAUUUGUCGUGGUCAUCAGGUGGUGGAGGAUGGGUAUGAAUUCUUUGCCAAAAGAAGGUUGGUGACCAUAUUUUCUGCUCCGAACUACGGCGGAGAGUUCGACAAUGCAGGUGCUCUAUUGAGCGUUGAUGAGUCUCUAGUUUGUUCAUUUGAAAUAUUGAAACCCGAGCAAAGAGCAGAAGGAAGCAGUUCGGGAAUAAUUCUUAAGAAGCCUCCCAAACUUGGAAGAACUUGAUUACUUGGAGGAGUUCCUUGUCAAUCCUUAGAAGAUGAAAAUCAAGCUCGAGCGGUGUUGGGGACGACAGAGUCGUUCGUGUUCUGCACUUCAUAGUUUUUAAGAUUGUAAUGACCAUGUCGGAGGUCUGUCGAUCGAAGCUGUAAAAAUCGAGUAUGUCCCCGUCCCGGGUGGUAGAUUUGAAUGGUCUCCAAUGGCUUCGCUAAUUGGAGUGCAGAAGGUGUGUGUGUGUGUGUAAAGAUGAAAGCAAAUGGUUCGUCCUGAAAUGACUUAGAAAGAGAUUGCUUCUUCCAUGGUGAUCAUAAGUGAUUGAGUGAAUUUCUAAUGUUAUAAUAUCCGGUUCAAAUCU